CAUCGGGAUCGGGAUUACAAUUUUAGGGAAAAGAAGGGAAUUUUGUUGCAGUAUUUGUAAACAAACAACGCAAUAAUACACGAUGGAGAUGCAGAAACCUUUUAAAGAAAGGAGAUCAUUAACUCAGCGACUGAAAGAUGUGGAAUCCAUCCGUACCCAGCAUAUGGACAAAAUUCCAGUUAUCAUAGAACGAUAUAAUGGAGAGAAAAGUUUGCCAAUGCUUGACAAGACCAAAUUCCUUGUACCUGAUAAUGUCAAUAUGAGUGAACUCGUCAAAAUCAUAAGGAGGCGGCUGCAGCUUCAUCCAUCGCAGGCUUUCUAUCUGAUUGUCAACAAUCGCAGCAUGGUCAGUAAUACUACACCAAUAGCUGAAGUGUAUGAACAGGAGAAAGAUGAGGAUGGCUUUCUCUACAUUGUGUAUGCCUCUCAGGAGACCUUCGGAGGAUCUUGUCACUGAAACAUUUUUCACCAGUUUGCUUGACAAACAUUUAUUUUUUCAGUAUUUACUGAAUUUCGACUCCAUGGUUACAAAAUUGAACAUACUGAAGCUUGAAAAUGGGAUACAUAUUUCAGAAAAAGGAGAAAUAGUACAAAAGCUGUAAAAACCCCCCAGAAGAAAGCUUUUCAAAAAAUCUUCAAAAUUUGGUACAUGGUAUACCAAAUGAUCAUUUGUGUAUCUAUACAUUUAUAAUAUCACUCAGUGUUUUCUCCAUUACACUGAAAGCACUGAAAGAAAGAAAGUGCAGUAAAAUGUACAUCUAUUUCAAACUGUAUAAGGCCUUAAAAGGUAUCAAUUCUAUAUGUGAAUAAUAAUUCUAUUAAGAGAUAGAAUACUACAAUAGAAAACUUGUUAACUUGCAUACCAUUUUAGGGUAGGUGCUAAGGAGAGAAAAAUGAUGAGAAGAACUUAAUAUUCCAGUACAAUUUAAUCUAAUACAAACUAUAUAUCGAACUCUCAUUUUUUUCUUUGUUGUGUGCAAUAUUUGAACAGCGAUAUUUUUUUCUUGGUGUAAAAAUGUUGUCUUUAUCUGCUAGCAUUAGAGCAAACUUGCUUAGGGGAUUUUUAAAUGUUUUAAAUUUGUAUCAACAUGAUGACACUAUGUGUGUGUGUCUGUGUGUCUGUGUAUUAACCGUUUCUGAGCAUUCUAUUGUGUCAUUGUUAAUUCAUGGUAGUUAACGCUUAUAUGAAAUGGAUCACUAGUGCAUCAUGUCAUUUUGUCAUCAUUGCCAAAUUCAAAAUUCAAUAUUAUUUAUAGAUAUUUUAAAAUGCUUAAUCUUGUGAUCUGAUUGUAAUGAAAUUUAAUUAAAAAAGUACCAGGUAUAUACACAGGUAAUUUUGCCAAAAAGGUCCACAAACAUGUAUUGAAUUACUCUGAUACGAGUCAUCUAUUUUUUCUUUAUUUUUGUGUUUAAAGAUUUAUUAUCCUCAUCACUCGGUUACUAGCCAUAUUCUAUUAUAUAAAACCCUUUUUUGAUUGCUUCAAAUGGGCAGUUCCUGGGAUGUUUUGAAAAACAGGCAAUGAUUUCAUACAAAAUUUACAACAAAAGGGAAUUCAAGCUAAUGAUUUGAAUUCUUAAAAUUUUCAGACAAAAACAAAAGCUUGUUGAGUACAGCUGUUGUUUUAAGAUGGGUGUUCAAAUGUAUAGUGUUCAUGAAUCAAAUGAUUGUUCCAUUUUACAGAUUGUAUUAAUGACAUUUGGAAAACCAAUUUUUAAAACCAUUUUUAUAUGUUUUCAUGCAUAUACAUGUAUGUCUGUGAUAUGUUAGUUGAAUAUAAGUGAAGCAGAAUAAACGUAAGCUUUG